CAACACAUCGGAAAAAUAUUUUUAUAUGAUGGGAUAUAAACAUCAUGGUUUACGUUGCUUCGUUCCCCAUUAUUAACAGUCUCUUCCUAAAUAUAACUUAUGCAUUUAAUACAUGGAAUUUUAAUCGUAAUUCACCUUGUUUGCCUUGGAUUUACAUGAUUUAAGAAUCUGAUUGCCAAAUGUUCAAACGAAAAUUGCACAGUGUAUAUAGGGAUAUUAAUAAAGUGUUGUAUAAUGGAAAAAGAAUGAAUAAAAGAAAGAUGACAUAAUGCAGAAGAAUGGAGAAAAUGUUAACCAAAGAGAAGAGCAAGAUGUUUCAGUUCAGUAUGACUUUUCUAUUAAAUUUUCAAACAACUCGAAAAGUCAAAACUUAUUAGUUAACACAAAAGCAUUACACAGUGAGGAUGAAACUAUAAAAUCAGAAAGGGAUUCUCGUUUAUUAAAUGGGAGUAAAAAGACAGGGAAUUAUGGUGCAGUAAGUACUGGGGAAUCACUGCGAACAACUCAUCCAAGUAACUGUUAUGGUGAGGGAUUUAUUGACCAAGUGGUAAAUCAGGACAACACAUUUUUUGAGCCAGUGAAACGUCAGGACAAAUUUACAGAUGGCAGAAAUGUGAACCCAACAGGAAAAGAAAUUCAGAAUGUCAUUGUUGAGACAUCGUUAAUUUCAUCUAACUCUGUUGAUGAAGGAUUGGAAAACAAAAUUCAGGGAUCUUGUGAUGAUCAGGGUGAUAUUGAGUCUACAGAAUUAUCAACUUCUACAUUUUCAUUCCGUGCCUUAAGCAGCCGACAUAAACUGAUCCUUAUAAGUAUAUCCUUGUGCAGUUUUCUGAGCUACCUGUGUUUGUCGUUGAUAGCACCAUUCUUUCCUAGUGAGGCUGCAUCCAAGAAUGUCAGUGAUUCCGUGUCUGGAUGGAUAUUUGGAAUUUUUGCUUUAACACAGUUUUUAAUAUCACCUGUAUCUGGUAAAUUGAUGCCAUUGAUGGGGUUGAAGUUCAUGUACAUUGGCGGUCUAUUUAUAGCAGCAGGCUGUACAGUAUCAUUUGGGUUUCUAACCUACAUAGACACAAGCAGUGACAACAUUACCUUCAUUAUCUAUUGUUUCUUACUGAUAAUCAUCCUAGCUAUAGGUUGUUGUGGUCUACAGACAGCAAGCUUUGCUCUCGUUGCCAAAGAAUUCCCAGACUCAGUUGCUACUGUUUGUGGUAUAACAGAGGUAUUUGUUGGAGUUGGUUUCAUGUCUGGUCCUGCUAUAGGAGGCUUUCUGUAUGGUAGUGGAGGUUUCAUCAUGCCUUUUGCUGUAGUUGGUGCUAUCAUGUUCCUUUGUGUCCCAUUUAAUUUUUGGUUGAUUCCCGGAGAUACAGUUGUUGAAAAAUCUUCCAGUUCUAAGAUCUCAUUCUGGGUGAUGAUGAAGUCCCCCAAGACUAUCAUUAACAGUUUCUCAACAUUAGUGGCUGCCAUGAUUUUUUCCAUUCUCGACCCAACACUAGAACCACAUCUGAGUGGCUCUUUCAAUUUAGAAGCUGAUAUCAUUGGUCUUCUAUUUUUGCUGAUGGCUGCAUGUUAUGCCAUUAUGUCACCUAUAGCUGGAUGGAUUUGUGAUAAAUUGCCAGAUAACCGUGGAGUAUUGAUACCAGGUUUUUUUAUUUCUGCUGUUGGUAUGCUGUUCCUCGGUCCUUCAGAAAUUUUUGGACUUAGAGAUUUAUUAGAUGACCAGCUAUGGUUAAACAUUGUAUCCCUCAUUGUAUCUGGUAUUGGAUCCAGUUUAGCACUGGUACCAACAUUUGAUAUUUAUGUUAGCAUAGCAGAAGAGCUAGGAUUCGAUGAUGAUUUAGGAAUGUAUGGUAUUGUAGCAGGUCUGUGGGGAUCAUUUUAUGCUUUAGGAGAUUUUCUGGGACCAACGAUUGGUGGUACAUUGCUAGAUAUAUAUGGUUUUCCAUUUUGUUGUACUAUAACAGCAGGAGCAUGUUUAUUUAUGGUCCCCUUACUGUUAUUUUCAUGGCUGUAUGAUACGAGAUGUUGUAGACAAAAUUCCUUGAAGACUAACCCAAUUAUCAGUGAAACUACACCACUGCUUUCCGAUGCUUUACAGGAUUAUGAACAUUGAUGUGUUGUCGACUUAUCCUCCACAAAAGCAAACUGCAGUAACAGUGACUUGAGGUUAGCCUGCACAAUAUCCUUCAUAAAUCAACCCUAUUGGAGGUUAGCCUGCACAAUAUCCUUCAUAAAUCAACCAUUUUGGAGGUUAGCCUGCACAACAUCCUUCAUAAAUCAACCAUAUUGGAGGUCAGCCUGCACAAUAUCCUUCAUAAAUCAACCAUAUUGGAGGUUAACCUGCACAAUAUCCUUCAUAAAUCAACAAUAUUGGAGUUAGCCUGCACAAUAUCCUUUAUAAAUCAACCAUAUUGGAGGUCAGCCUGCACACUAUCCUUUAUAAAUCAACCACAUUCAAUUAGUUUUACUGACUAAUACAUUUAAAGCAAACAUGUUUUCUGAACAAUUUCAAUUUGUAUAAGUCCUUCAUAAUUCAUCAUUAUGAUCUUGUAAGGACCUUUCUUUGACCUGCCUGAAUCACAGGUUUUAAUUUGGUUUCUAAAAAAAGAAAAUUAUAAACAUCCAGCGGUUAAUAAAAAUCAAAUAUUUAUAAAUCAUCACUGGAUGAUAAACUGCCAUCCAGAGUUAAAGACCAUUAACAUUAUUUUUAUAUAUAUAUAGAUAUGUUAUCAUUUCUUUGGCAACGUCAAUGCUGUUUGGUUUAUGACAGCAUAACGUUCAUCAAAACCCCUAUUAGUCGAGUAGUAUUAGAUGGAAAAUUAUCAUACUGAAAACUAUACUAAUUCUUUACAUUAACUUUUUUGCAAUUAUGUAUUUUGUCAUUUUAUUUAUUCAGUAAUUAUUUUAACAGAUACCUCUUAUGAAUUAUUGUGUUAUGACUUUACUUUAUUUUAUUUGUAUUGACAAAGGUCUAGUAAUUCAGCAUUAGUUAUCUAUAUACUAUUGUGACAAAUUGCAGGACAGUUAAUUUGUGAUUCAGGAAAAGUUUAGAUACAUCAUUUUUGAAUGUUAAUAUUGUUGAUAUUUGUUAAAUGUAAGAACGGUAAUAUGAUAUCCGAUAUUUGUAAUACAUUGUUAAUCAGGUGUUAAAGGAAGAUGAUAAAUUUUAUAUAAAACGGUUGUUAUUAGGCUUUAUAUUUUCUACAUUGUAAGGAUGGUGAUAUAAAUAUGUAGCUAAGACUAAACAUGCAAUCUAGUUUUUAAAUGAUUUUAUCUAAUAUGUUAAUGAGGUGGGUGUUAAAUAAAUUGUUGAGAAAAAUCAAAACAAUCAAAACAAUCAAAAGAGGAACAAAAGCCUCAUUUCAAAUUAUCUUUUUCUCAUUGAAAUUCUGGCCAAGAUGACAAUCUUAACGUUUUCAGCUUUUAUAGUUUUAUGUAAAAGAAAGUUUUAUUAUUAUUACAUUGUAUUUGCCAUGUUGAGGUUGCUGUUAAUUCUCUCAUUUAAAAGUUCUUCUUUCUAUUGAAAACAAUAAAUGUUCAGCUUGACAGCAAACCUGGAUCUACAUGUAGGGAGGACUUCUUUGGUCGUCUGCAUCAAAUUUUGUUAUCUGAAAAAUAAAAAAAAAUAAAAACUGCUAGUCACAAUUUAACUUAAAUGCUCAUAAAUAUAUUAGUUUUUAGGGCAUCCAAUUGAACAACUUGGAAAAUGAGAUGAUAGAAUUCAACCAAAUAUGUACAUAUUUUGUACAGGAUUUUAAAUAAGGCAUACGUUUUUUUGUGUUUUUUUUUUAUGAUUUAGGCUAUCUUAUUUUAAAAUGUGUCCGGCUAUAUCUCCGUCAUUUCUGCUUGAUGUUACAUCUUUCUGGAAAUACUCUCUAAUUGUAUCUUUAAUGUUUCUAUUUCAAUGAAAUUCAAUCACAUUUUGUGUCCUACAAUAAACAUUCAAAUGACAAUUAGUGUUUUGCUUUGAUAUUCUAAUUUAGGAAAAAUCUAUAUAUAUCUUUUACUGACUGCAGUAAAUUAUAAAUAAUAUGAAAAAAAUGCAUUCCAAUUAAAUGAAGAGUUAUUUUCAUUUAUUUUUGCAUUUUACAAGAUAAGAAAGUAUAUGUAUAUCAUAAAAGGAGCAUUACAAAUGAUGUGUUAUUUUUAUGUUGUUCUCUACUAACUAUGUACAUUCAAAGGAAGGCCAGUGUAUAUUUCUGGCUUGGGAUUUAUUUACAGUGUACAUGGACCAAGGGAGUGACUAGUUUAUUGCUAUGUAGGGGACUUUUAAGAUGUAUCUAACAUGUAUGUCAUUUUUUCGCCUGCCAGUAUAUAGCAGUAUUAUCUAUAUAAAAAACAGGGCUCUCUCCACAACUGUAGCAUUAUUUUAAGAUAUCAUCUUGUUUCAAGAAAUUAUUGCAUCACAUCCAUAGCACAAUCUAUAAAUAGCACCACUUUCCAGGAAUAUAGUAUCACAUUACCUUGAUGCUAAAAGACCCUUUGACGAACACUGAACCAUAUAUAUAUAUAUAUAUAUAUAUAUAUAUAUAUAAAAAGUCUAAAUUGAAAACAACGUUCAAACCUAUGAUUGCGUUGGAUAAAAACCGCAAUUUUGAUACGUGUGCAUGCAAAACAAAUUUCUUGGUAGAGGGGUCUAAAUACAGCACAAACAACAAUUUCCAAAAGACCAAAAAAAAGUGAAAAAGUCUAUUUUAACAAAACGCAUUUGACUAACAGGUCGAACAACAGAUGUUCUUAAACCCUGCUGACUGCCAUUGGCGAUUGCCAAAUAAAUUGAUCACCAGAUCUAACAAAAUGGAUCUUAAUAUUAAUUAAAUACCAAACAGAAAACAAAAAAACUUGUGGAAAAGAUGGUAUACCACAAACAUGAGGUGCAAAAAUUUGUACACAUAUAUAUGUUUGUGGUCGACUGCAGGAGAGUUACAUGUUGAUUACGAAAAAACUACAGCAUUAAGGAG